AUGAAGAGCGACCGCACACCGGUAGCAGAUCCCGUACACUCAUUCUGGACUUCUGUAUCCAAUCCUCUUGAUGACCUACUGAGUACGGAUGACCUUUCCACUGAGGCAGACAUUGUAAUCAUCGGUGCGGGAUUUGCCGGGGUUGCGACAGCUUAUAAUAUUCUCACAUCAUCCUCGUCGUCCCCGAAGCAAUCUGUCCUCAUUCUAGAUGCUCGCAAGAUUUGUUUUGGUGCCACUGGUCGCAAUGGCGGGCACGUAAAGCCAGACCUUUACUUCAACGUCUCGAAAUAUGUAUCCAUGGAUGGUGCGAGCGCUGCAGCGGAAGUUACAAAUUUUGAAGCGGCGAAUGUGUACGCAGUCAAAGAGCUUGUUGAGGCUGAGAAGUUGGACUGUGACUUACAUCUUACGAGAGCGAUCGAUGUGUAUCUGGAUGCCGAUCAUGCCAGGCAGACGGAGGCGGCGUGGGAGAUGCUAAGGAGGGAUAAUAUUGUCGAACUAAGAGACGUAGCUUGUGUCUCUAAAGAAGAUGCAGAGAGGGUAUCGGGAGUCAAGGGCGCUCAGCUGGCUGUCAGCUUUACUGCAGCGCACUUGUGGCCACGAAAGAUGGUGCAUCAAUUGCUAGCGAAGCUACUCGAGCAAGACCAUAAGCUCAAUGUUCAAGCAAAUACACCAGUGACGUCUGUAUCCGACACGACGGACGAGGCAGGAAGAUGGAUAAUAGAAACAUCGCGCGGCACUAUCAAAGCCACAAAGGUCAUCCACGCCACCAACGGCUACGCGAGCCAAGUUCUGCCCGAAUACACGCGAAGCAUAACUCCGAUCCGCGGCGUCUGCAGCCAUAUCGACAGCGCAUUGAAGCAACACGCACCACAUCUCAACAACACUUACGCCCUUCGUUUCGACGGCCGAAAUUACGACUAUCUCAUUCCCCGAGCAGACGGAAGCAUCAUCGUUGGAGGCGCAAGGCAGCGGUUCUGGCACAAGCCUGAGCGCUGGUUCGACACCGUGCGCGAUGACGAGCUUGUUGAUGAAGCAACGACCUACUUCGACGGGUACAUGCAGCGCCACUUCCGCGGAUGGGAGGAUACGCAAGCGCAGACAAAGAAGGUGUGGACUGGAAGCAAGUAUCGUAGUCUCCUGCCCAUGCGCAACUAA